GGAAUAUUUUUAUUAAUUUUAUUGUUCCAAUUUUAAUAUUAUUGCAAUUUAUUAAAUAUUCAAAUACAAAAUCAUGUAAUCAUGAUAAUUUAUUUCGAAUUGGAUUAAAAACAUUUUGUGAAUCAAUUGAAGAAAAUUCUAUAUCUUGUUUAGGUGAUAUGGCACCAAUUAAAAAAGCUUAUAUUCGUUGUACAAACGGUUAUCGUAAUGACAAUAAUAUAACAGAACAAAUUAUUUAUUGUAUGGAUAAUGGAGAAUGGAAUGAACAACCAAUUAAAUGUACAGCUGAUUGUAUUCAUAUUGAUGAAAAUGAAUUUAAAUUAAUGGAAAAUCAAAAAGAAUAUUUAAUUUCAAUAGUUGAUAUUAUUAAGAAAUUAUCAAAUGGUGAAAAAAUAAAGAUAACUAGUGGUAAAAUAAUUUCUGAAAGAGAAAUUUUAGCAGAAUGUCAUUAUUUUGAUAGUACAAAUGUUGAUGAUUUGAGAAUAAAGAUGAUGUCUGAUGUUAAAGGAGAUUAUAAAGAGAAAAAAAUUGCUAGUCUUUCAAGGGUAUCGGGAACUAAAGAUGAUAUUUGUAUUUUAAACCUUUAUUAUAAUGAUUACUUAAAAUUUAAUGAAAAAUUUAAGCCGAUAUGUAGUGAUCUUACUUUAUCACGUUCAAAAGAUUUAAAAAGUAAAUUCUUUCAACGUAUUAUACCAAAAGGUAAAUGUUUUAUACCACGUCCAUAUGAUUCUAGUAUUGAAUAUCAAUGUUUUGAAAGUAAAAUGGAUUCAAAUUCAAUUUUGUACGAUGUGAAAUGUUUAAAAUAUUCGGAAAAAGUUAUAAAACGUUGUCAAAUUGGUUAUCAAAAUAAAAAAUAUAAUGAAAAUGGAUUAGAUCGAUUAGAUACUUGUAUAUCUGGUAAUUGGUUAAAUGAAUCUAAUGAAAAUGGAGAUGAUUGUGAAUUAAAAUGUAAUAGUGAUAUAAAUCCAUCAAAUAUUGAUUUAAAUGAUGUUAUAAAAGCACCAUGGCAUGUAGGAAUUUAUUAUAAUGCAACGAAUGGUUUGGAUAAGAAAGAAAUUGAACAAAUAUGUAGUGGUACACUUAUCCACUUGAAUAUUGUAAUUUCAGUUGGUAGCUGUUUUAAUAAAACAAAUAAUAUAAAAAAUUAUCGUAUUGGUGUUGGUAAAAAAUUUUAUAAUGAUAAAAUAGAGGAAUAUGAACAAUAUGCUGGUAUUAAAGAAUGGCAUGUUCCUUUACAAUAUGAAUCAGAGCCAGAUCAAUAUGAUAUAUCCAUUAUAAUUCUUGAUAAUUAUUUACAUUAUACAUCGUACGUUAAACCAGCUUGUAUUGAAUGGAAAUCUUAUAAAAAUUAUGAUAUUGAGAAAGGAACAUUAGGAGUAGUUGCCGGUUGGAGUAUUUUAAAUAUUACAGAUUCUUCAAGUAAAAAAUUUUAUGAAACAAAUGUGGAAAUUGUUGAUAAUAAACAGUGCCAAAAAGCUAUUGAUGAAUAUUUUCAAAUUGAAAGUUUCAAUAAUCAAUUUUGUGGUAAAAAUAUUAAUGGAUCAGUAAAUUGCUUAAGUGAUAAUGGUAGUGGAUUAAUUUCAAAAAGAAAAAUUGAAUUUGCUGAUCAUUAUUUUUUAAUUGGUAUUCUUACAGUAGAAAACGAUAAAAAAAAUAAUUGUUUAGAAAAUUCACACACAUCUUUUAUAAAUCUGCAAUACUAUCAAGAUUUUAUUAAAUAUGUAAUUACAGAAAGUAGAAAUUCGAUGUAACAUCAUAUUAUGUAAGUUGUUGUAUAUGAAUAUAUUAUUGUUAUA